CCCACCACCCCAGGCGAGGCGCAUGCGCACAACGCUCCCCAGACAAACCAUAACAUUUGAAAGUGUAGGAUCGGUGCUAUACAUAUCUGCGUGUAUAUUGGACUGUAAUGAUGACCAGGAAGCGUACAGCCGGCAGAGGAACUGAAACAGUUCUCUCUGGUGACAACUGUAAUUCAAGGGGUCAUCAUAACACUGCAGACUCAGUCCUCUACUCUGAGCAGGAUAAUUCUUCACCAAUGGUGUCAGAUGGACUAUCUCCGGUGUUGAAAAGAAAGUCACAUUUAUCUCGUGCUUUGAGGACACUGUCAAACACCCCUUUAUCAAAAGUAAUGACAGAACCUGUUUUAUGUCAUAGCAGCGCAGCUUCUCCAAUAAUAGGACGCAGGAAGUUACCAGCACAUACUGAUAAUGUGACAAAUAUUACUCAAAAGCUAUCGAGUCUUGUAAGUAUGGACUGUAACAAAGAAAAUGAAAAAGUGUUUAAUGUGAACUCUAAUAAACGUCGGGCUUUACUUUUUCCAUUCGGAAAGAGUAAUAAUACUGAAAAUGCAAGAAAUGAAGGAAACAGUCCACAAGUUCAGUAUGACACAGUUCCUAAGAAAAUUAAUACAAAGGAAAAUAUAGUUUCUGAUAAGGAAAAUAUUUUUUCCCCAAAGGAAAGUAGACGUCCCAUAAGGAAAUCAAACCGUAUUAAUAAUACAAAGGAAAAUAUAGUUUCUGAUAAGGAAAAUAUUUUGUCCCCAAAGGAAAGUAGACUUCCCAUAAGGAAAUCAAAACGUAUUAAGAAAGUAAGUGGUUCAGUUGUGCAGCUUAUGCAGUCAGGUAGAAAAACUAAAAUUGCUAGAAAGAAUCUAUUAGAGGGAGAAGUUGAACAUUUGGACAAAGAUGCCUCCACCCCGAUAGAUAUAGCAGAAAGCAAGAGGGGUAAGUCAGAGCCUGAAGAUGAUAUAUUACAAGAAAAUCAGGAACAAAAAGCUGCCAGGACAAGAAAAAGAAUGACUCCUGAAAAAAGUACUAAUCCUAUUGCAAAAAGAGUAAAUAUUGUGUCUGCAAAGAAAGAUGAAAAUGGUAAAAAGACAGUGUCUGUGCAGCAGAGGGUGGAAAACAGUUCUGCAGAGAGGAGGAGUUCUACAAGCCCAGUGAAUAAUAAGAAUGCCAGUAUAUUAACAGAAAGAGUAAUGAAUAGGCCUAUUAGAAAUCAGAAGGCAUCUCCACAACCUAAAGUACAGGAAGAAAAAAGUAAAGAGCCGACAACAAAGAAAAAAGAAAUAAAUACUUUGCAUCUUGCAUUGCAGAAGAGCACUAGAGCAAGUACAAACAAAAGUGCAUCUAGAAAGGUAACUGCAAAUAUUGUUACUACUAAAAGUCAGUCUUCAAAACAAAAGUUUAUAAAACCUGUAGCUACAAAAUGCUCGGCACAGUCAUCAAAAUCUGCAGUUAGUCCGAAACUGUCGCAAACUUCAUCAAAGACUCCACUUAAUAUGCGAGUUCCACCAACUUCAAAGGCUGCAGUCACUCCACCAGUUGCACAAUCUUCAGAUAAAUCUCUACAUAAGAAGGUAAUACUUGGUAAACAAAAGCAAAAAUUGCCAGUUUGGGCUGAAGCAAAGUGCUCUACAAAAACUCCGGGAAAGAGAAAAUCUCUCAGAGUUCUGAAUAAGGAUGUAUUUGAAUUUAUGUAUGAUGUAUCUGAAGAGGAAGUAAAGAAAAGGAGAGUUGUAAAGCCAAGAAAAAAGCAGGUGAAUAAAAAACCUAAGCCAAGGACUAAACUGACACUUCUUACAACUGAUCCAAAUUGGGAGAUUCAAUUUCCCUCAGACAUUCUGAAAUCUGUUAAUACCUCCACUGCCAGAAAAGAGCCUCUCUUUUCUACAAUAUCCAAAGACUGUAAUGUCAGGAGUUAUAGUGAUCCAUCAGGAAACAAUGUUAGCUGUAAUAACAUGAGUGAUGAUUCAACUAGAGACAGUGUUAGUUGUAAUAACAGGAGUGAUUCAACUAGAGACAGUGUUAGCUGUAAUAACAGGAGUGAUUCAACUAGAGACAGUGUUAGCUGUAAUGACAGGAAUGAUGACUCAGCCAGAGGCAGUGUUAGCUGUAAUGACAGGAAUGAUGACUCAGCCAGAGGCAGUGUUUUCUCAGAGGACAACUGUGAGAGUGUUGUCUCGGAAGACAAUUGUGACGACUUCUAUAGUCAUGAUACUGAUAAUGUUACUGAAGAAUUUGAAUUUGAAACAGCUAGUUCAUUUGUUGCCUCAAACCAAGUAACAUCAAAAGCAGUUCCAAUGACCUCAGUCAGUGUAUUUCCUACUCCUGUAAUUUCAAAGCACAUUUCUAAAUACAUUGGAGGAUCAUCCACUCCAAGAGCUGAAAAUGUGUUGUCUUUGACUUCUAGUGUUGAGUCAACUGAUGAGCAAAACCCAAAGACAUUAAAGGAGGAUAUUGCAGUCUGUUUUGGCUUUGAGAAUGAAGAGGAGGAGGUAGAAGAGAGCAGCCUUAACUUGUCUCCAGUGAGGAGGUCAGGAAUGCAGUCCUGUCUAGAAAUAACUGGAACAUCAGAUGUUGUUGACUUGGAGAAUCACCCACCAAAUCAACCCUCACGUUUCUCUUGGGGUUCACUUCAGCCUGGAAGACAAAGUAAUGUAACUGCUACUAAUUCGUCGAGUGUUUUGGUUCAUGGCCGCAGUGACUUUCAAUCAAGUUUGUCAAGCACAAUGCAGUCAGAUAAAUCUGUCUCAAAAAGCACCGUAGGAAAAAGUGAUAAAAGAAAGAAUUUGAAAGAAAAUAAUUCUGGUCAAGUGGAAAUUAGAAAAAGCAAUAGAAGUAAACAGUGUGUUCAACCUGCCAUUUGUGAGAAUGAGGAUUCUGAUGCUGAGGAUGCUAAUGCAUCAGUAUUCUUUGAUGAAGUCACAGACCAACAUAUAAAAAGUCAACUAAAUAAUCCAGCUCACAGAGACGACAACACAAAUAUGCCUACUAAUUUUCUGGUCAAGAAUACUGAGCAUGUCUCUCCUGAAAAAUCUUUUUCUGAGCCACCAAGGAAAUCCUAUGACCGUAGUAUCUUGGAAGAAAUUCGACGGAAAUUUAUUUCUGAACACGCGGGUGCCUCCAUGUCUGAAAGUGAAGAAGAUGUUGAAUUAAAGCAGACAAGCAAGAGAAAGAAGAAGAAGACGUUAAAGUCUAAUAUUACUCUCAAAAAGAAGAAGAAGAAGAAGAAGAAAGAUGCUGCAGACUUAAGCCUGACAAUGGAUGACUCCUCUUUCUCAGAAAAAAAAAAUAUUUCCAAAAAAGAGCAAGCAUUGGAUGAGUGGGCUCUUAGCAUCAACAGCCAGUUCAAUGAAGUGGAGAGCUGUGACCUGAUCAUUGAUUAAGUCUUAGAUGAAGCAUAUAUUGCAAAUGAUACCCUGGGAUGUUUCUCAAGAUACAAUUGUAUUUUUAUUUUUAGUACAAAAGUUACAAUAUAUUUUAAUUAUUUUUUUAAUGUGUCUUAGUCCAAAUGCUUACAUUACAAUAUUUCAGUUUUUGUCAUCAUAACUCCAAUAGUUAUAUGUUGCAAAUUCUUCUUAAUUGGAGCGGUUGGUUGUGAUUUAAUGCUGUGUCCAGACUUUUCCCUUAGAAUUGCUUUCACAUGUUUGGUAAGUAUGUGAGUAAACACCAAGCAGGUGUUUAUGGGGGUUUUCUUUGUAUUGUAUAGUAUAUAUAUACAAUACAAUAGGCUAUAUAUAUAUAUUGUAUAUAUAUAGCCAAUUAUAUAACUUCUGUCCAGAUUGUGAAAUUUUAAUUAUAUUGUAUAUAUCAUUGGCAUCCGUUCCACGCAGCAGCCCUUGAACAUAAUGUAGGUGUGUGUACCUAUCCCAGACCAGUUGUCUUCCACUAUCUCCAUCAUCCAACCUAUCAUCCAUUACCACCAAAAAUAUCACUACCACUAUUAUUUUCACUGUCACUGGAUCACCUCUUACCCAAAACUAGUGCUACAUAGCGUUCCCGGUUUGGUGCCUUCUUUUGAUAAUUACUUACUACUACCAAAACUACUACUGCAUCACUACAACUGCAGUCCUAAUCCCACCACAUUACCAUUAUCAGCAUCACUUACAUUAACACCAACUCAUCCCUGUAUUUUUUGUACUUCUGUAUCUUUCAUUCAGCACCUCAAAAUAACCUAUUUUGAGUGGUUGUAAUGCAAAGUUAAUUUGCCUUAACUUUCAAUUGAAUUGUUAGGGAAUGUACAAAGUAAUCUUACAAAUUGAAAUUCUUGUUUGUUUUGAACUGAGUGGGUGUAUGCAGGCACAUAAGCCUAGUCAUCGGAUCUUACUGUUGAGUUGCUUUUCUCAAAUUUGCAGCUCUAACACGGCAGAGAUUUUUUUGUUGUGUUUUAGUUUUAUUAUAUUUUUCUAUAGUAUUUUACUUGAAUCAAAAUUUUGCUUGAAAUAAUAGCUUUUAUUUGCUUUUCUAGUGAAAAUGGUGAAUGGGUAUUUAAUUGAUUCAUAGCUAGUGCAGCCAUUUUAUGGACUAAAAUCCCUCUUUAAUAGAACUAAUAGGACUAUUCCUGACCAGCCAGUGUCCAUACCACACCCCAGACCACUCACUCUGCAAAGUUGGGUGAGGUUAGCACAAAAUGUUUGGCCACUAACCUUGUACAGAUACAUUCUCUCUUAUAGUGUAUUAUUAUAAUUCAUUUCAUCAGGGGGCAGGCAUCCACUGUAUAUACUGGUACAUGUAUAUAUAUGUGUUAGGCUUAUAGUUAGGUCACCCAAGGUCAAACUAUUGACCUCUCCCCAUGAUGCAACCUCAUAAAUUGACUAACACCUGGGUACCCAUUUACAGCUAGAAGACCAGAGGCAAUAGAAAACGUGCCCAACCAUUUUUGCCCGACAAAAUUAAAACCCGGGACUCCCUAUUGUGUGUCGAAAACAAACCCAAUUGGAGGGGCUUUACCCAGAUGUACUUGGGUAUCUCUUUCUUCCCCACUACCCCUUCUCAUCUGUUUCCCUAUCCUCUCUCUCUUCCCGUCUCCCUCCCCCCACUCCAACUGUCUCCACCAAGGUCCCCCUCUCCUUUCUUUCUCCCAAUUUCCCCCCACUUCCUUUCUCCCA